CCCAAGAGUACAUUCUUCAGUAUUUUGUCCAGUGCGCUCACAUUCAUUCUUCUAAUUCUACGAAAUGGUCUUUGUAAAAUGCACCAAGUUGAAGACACUGUGAUCCCAGAAGCCUGGACGUGAUCCUAUCGACAUCUACCAUUGUCAGCCGUUGGAACUUCUUGCACCAUGACUGACCGACCAAUGAGGUGGCAGUAUCGUAUUGUUGUCUUAUAUUUAAGCAUGUAUACAGUGCUAUCAGGAAAUCCAGGCAUUGAGCUAAAAACUGCCAGAGCUCCAGAUGGUGUCGUGCCCCCUCCAGUUCUUAACGUCAUUGUGGGGGGUCGUGCUCAGCUACCUUGUAAUGUGUCUUCACCUACGAUGGAGGAUUCCGUAUCGCUAAUACUAUGGUACCGAUUGGACAUCAACGCCCCCAUAUUUACCGUGGAUUGCAGGAAUGGGCCUUUGGAAACCGCAAAACAUUUUUCAUCAGAUUUCCUCGCCGAAAGAGCUCACUUUGACUUACGUACUAGGCCAGCUCUUUUGACAAUAGAACCAGUUAAAGCUGAAGACGCAGGAGACUACCGCUGCAGAGUGGACUACCGUUGGGCGAGAACACUCAAUAACAACGUCAUCUUAUACGUAGUUGUUCCUCCAAGAGAUGUCGUGAUUCUAGACGAAAACCUCCAGCCUCUUCACAGAUUGAUAGGACCUUAUGACGAAGGGUCGAUGCUACGACUCAAGUGUCUAGCCAGAGGCGGAAAGCCUCCCCCGUCUGUAACGUGGUGGAGAGGGAAGCAACUUUUUGACAAAGAACAUGAGAAAGAAAACGAUGAAGAGGUGGUAAAUGAACUUGUGAUUCAGCGUCUCGCUAGGACUGAUCUGAACGCCGAGCUGUUAUGUCAAGUGUGGAAUUCGAACCUGACUUCUUCGAUUGUUGCCGCUGUUUUUCUCGAUUUGAACUUGAAGCCGUUGGACGUACGACUUCUUACAACUGAAACCCGUUACAAGGCUGGUUGGAAAUACACUUUCGAGUGUAGAACCAGUGGGUCUAGACCGGAACCUCACAUAAGCUGGUGGAAGAAUUACGCCCUUUUGGGACAGCACCACUCCAGUGUUUCCCACCAGCCUAAUAUAAGUAUUGGCACUUUGGUGAUUACGCCCUCUAGUAGAGACCAUGGAAAAAAUUUGACUUGUCGAGUCACCAACCCUAAGAUACAAGGCAGCAGUUUAGAAGACUUCAUCACUUUAAGUGUAUACUUUAAGCCACAGAUCCACGUAUCUCUCCUAGGCGGUCGAACGUCUCAAUCUGUGUAUGAAAAUGACGAUGCGUAUCUUAGUUGCAGCGUGAAAGCAAAUCCCUCGGUCAAAGCGAUAACGUGGAUUUUCCAGGGAAAUGAACUAAAGAACAACUCCGAAGACGGAAUAAUCAUUAAUAACCAGUCCCUUCGGCUAGAAAAUGUUAGUCGAGAACAGAGUGGUUUUUAUCGAUGUUUGGCUGUGAACUCAGAAGGCCAAACAGAAAGUGAAGAUAUGGAAUUAAAUAUCAAAUAUAAACCUGUGUGUAAGCACCAGCAGACAAAACUCUAUACGGCAAUGGUUGGAGAAAUUGUAAGAAUCCAAUGUGAUGUCCUUGCUGAUCCUGAUGACGUCACCUUUUUUUGGAACUUUAAUAACUCCAAGCAAGAAAGAGAAAUCCUUACACACACAAGGUUCAGAUUAAGGAGCAUUGCACGGUUUUCGCCCACAGAUGAAAGUGACUUUGGAACCUUUACAUGUAGAGGAACAAACGCGGUGGGAAUACAGAAAGACGCUUGUAAAUUCCUUCUUAUUCCAGUGGGACCGCCUGAGCAGGUAACCAACUGUACUUGGGUAAAUGAUACCAGCGAUUUUCUUCUUGUUGAAUGUAAGCCAGGCUACGAUGGAGGCCUUCAACAACAAUUUCAGCUGGAGGUCUACGAUGUGGAGCGGAAACAUCUACAAAUCAACCUAACAAGCCAUAGUAAACCAGUUUUCGAGAUAUCUAGCCUGGCUCCUGGAACUUCCCUCAUCCUAGUAGUUUACGCCGUUAAUCCCAAGGGAAGAAGUUCUGUCGUAGAAAUGAACGUUCAGACUAACAUGUUCGCUGAACGACACUUAGGUAAUUCCCCAAGUUCGCCUCUGAAACCGUUGCUUGGAGUACUAUUUGGAAUAGUUGCUGGUCUCGUAAUGAUGGCCCUCAUCAUUUUUCUCGUUCUUCGCAACGCUAGAGAGAAGGGUCGUCGAGCAGGUGAACAUAUAAAAGAAGAAAGAAUAGCUGUUUAA